AUGACCGUGAAGUUGAAGGGUAGCUCGUCAUCAGACGAAGAAGACCUACCAUUGUCGUCUACCAUACCGCGGACCAAACGGAAAAUCGAAGAUUCUGAUGAUGAGGACAUCAAAUCAGGAUCUGUGAUUACGGCCGCAAACGUUAAGAGAGAGGAGGAUAAAUCUUAUGACAGCGACUUGGCGCUGUCGAAAGUAGCUUCUCCAAAGAAGAAAGUCGUGAAGCGGGGAAAGAGGAGCUCUAGUAAGGUAGCGGGCAGAAGUCUGAGUUCCACUAAACAGAAAGGUAUCAAGAAAGACUCUCGAGCUCAACCUCCCAAGAAGAUCUCCAAACGAGAGAGCUCCGUUGAACAACAGGAUGCAGAUCUUGACAGUAUAUCAAACGAAGCUAGUCAAGAUGCAGACGACUUUAAAUGGUGGGAAAAGGAGAAUGAUGACGACUCUGUCAAAUGGAUAUCCCUAAAGCACAACGGUGUCAUUUUCCCUCCCAAGUAUGAGCCUCUUCCCUCACACAUCAAAUUAUACUACAAUGGAAGGGCUGUUGAUCUCCCACCGCAAGCUGAAGAGGUAGCUGGUUUUUUUGCAGCGCUUUUAGAAUCAGACCAUGCGAAAAACCCUGUGUUUCAGAAGAAUUUCUUCGAGGAUUUCUUGGACGUUCUGCAAGAGAACGGUGGACCUCGGAAUGAUAUUGAGCUUAAAACUUUUGAGCUUUGUGACUUUUCGAAGAUGUUUGAUUAUUUCCAAUUGCAAAAAGAACAAAAGAAGCAGCUAAGUCCUCAAGAGAAGAAGAGGUUGAAGCAAGAGAAAGAAGAGUUCGAGGAACCUUAUAAGUUUUGCAUGCUAGAUGACCGCAAGGAGCAAGUCGGUAAUUUCAGAAUUGAACCUCCGGGACUUUUCAGGGGCAGAGGUGCUCAUCCUAAAACUGGUAAGCUCAAGAGGCGUGUCUAUCCAGAGGACGUUGUACUUAACUUAGAUAAGGAAGCUAAAGUACCAGAAGCACCCGAUAAUCACAACUGGGGAGAAGUAAGACAUGACAAUACAGUUCAAUGGUUAGCCAUGUGGAGAGAAAAUAUCUCAAAUUCUUUCAAAUAUGUUCGAUUUGCCGCCAAUUCGUCACUCAAAGGAAUGAGUGAUUACAAGAAGUUCGAGAAAGCUCGGCAACUAAAAGACUACAUUGAUCCUGUUAGAAAAGAUUACAUGGUGAACCUUAAAAGCAAAGUUAUGCUCGAGCGUCAAAUUGCCGUGGCAUGCUACUUUAUUGAUGUUUUUGCCCUCAGAGCUGGUGGAGAAAAAGCGGAUGACGAAGCAGAUACCGUUGGGUGCUGCUCUCUCAGAUAUGAGCACGUCACUUUGAAGCCUCCAAAUACUGUGAUUUUCGACUUUCUCGGGAAAGAUUCAAUUCGUUUCUACCAAGAGGUCAAAGUUGAAAAGCAAGUUUUCAAAAAUUUGACUUUAUUCAAAAAGCCUCCAAAGCAGCCCGGUCACCAGCUCUUUGAUCGAUUAGAUCCUGCACUUUUGAACAAACAUUUACAGAACUACAUGCCAGGGCUUACAGCGAAAGUUUUUCGUACUUAUAACGCUUCCAAGACUAUGCAGGAUCAAUUGGAUUUGAUCACAGAUGAGGGUACAGUCGCAGAAAAGAUUUUGAAGUACAAUGCCGCUAACAGGACCGUAGCCAUCUUAUGCAAUCACCAAAGGACAGUCACCAAGGGCCACGCUGCUGCGGUACAGAAGGCAACUGAUAGAAUUGAGGAGUUAGAGUGGCAGAAAAUCAGGCUGAAAAGAGCUAUUUUACAGUUAGAUAAAACCGAAGCAAAGAAAAACCCGAACUAUUUUGCAGAGGUUAAGGAUCUCGUUAAGGAGCAAGAAUUGUUGAUUCACAAGAGAGUAAUAGAAAAAGAAAGGGAAAAGUUUACAAAGAAAUUUGCCAGAGAAAACGAAAAGCGCAAAUUUGAUAACGAACCUCCACUUCCAGAUUCCCAGCUGAAAGAGUGGAUGAACAAAGUGGACGAGUUGGAGUCUGAAUACAAAAGAGAAGUAGAAACGGGUAAGGUUGAAGUCAAGACUUCCGACGUCGACAAACUCAAAGCUCAAGUUGAGAAGCUGGAUCAGAGAAUCGAAAAUUAUGCCAUUCAGCUGAAAGACAAAGAGGACAAUUCACAGGUUGCCUUGGGAACUUCGAAGAUAAAUUAUAUUGAUCCUAGACUGUCAGUUGUGUUCUGCAAAAAAUAUGGUGUCCCGCUUGAGAAAGUGUUCACGAAAUCGCUUAGAGACAAGUUUAAAUGGGCUAUUGAGUCAGCUGACGAGAACUGGAGAUUUUAA